GGCGGGGACCAAUAGGGGCGCGCGGGGCGGGCGGUGGCGGCAGUGGGCGGGCCCGGGCGGCUCCUCCCGGCGGCGGCGGCGAAGAUGGCAGAUUUUUUGAAGGGGUUACCAGUGUACAACAAAAGCAACUUCAGCAGAUUCCAUGCGGAUUCCGUGUGUAAAGCAUCCAACAGACGCCCAUCAGUUUAUCUGCCCACCAGAGAAUUUCCCUCUGAACAAAUCAUAGUAACAGAAAAGACAAAUAUCCUCUUGCGUUAUUUACACCAGCAGUGGGACAAAAAGAAUGCGGCGAAGAAGCGAGACCAGGAGCAGGUGGAGAUCGAGGGGGAGAACUCGGCGCCUCCGCGGAAAAUCGCUCGGACAGACAGCCAGGACAUGAACGAGGACACUUAGAGCGCCCGGGCUCUCCCUCCGCUCCUUCCAGCGCUUCCCGCUCUGUCUCCAAGUGUGUACAUUUGGCCCCUCUCCCCCCUCCUUUUUCCCCCCUCCCCACGGCGCAGCCCAAACCACUUCUGACUCCACGGGAGCCAAUGUAUUUAUUUUGGGUUUUUUCUUCCCCUCCUCCUCCUCCUCCAGUUGGUUUUUUUUUGUUGUUGUUUUUUUUUAUUUAUGCCCCCCGAGCUCACGGAGCAGCGGUGGGACUGGGCAGCCCACGCAGCAGAACCUCAGUCCCUCCUUCCCAAAAAACCCCACGUGGUCACUUUGGAGCGGGUCGGUGGGAUCUGCUCCCUGCCACCUCCCGGGCCGGUCCCUUCACCGCCCCGUAUUCCAGGGGGUUCCCUCCUCCGGGUGUUCCCCCUCCAGCCAUAACUGUGGGGCCGAUUUUUUUUAUUUUUCCCCUCAAAUAUUCCAAACCAGCCCCGGGUGCCGCCGAGGGGGGUGUUGACGGGAGCAGAUUCCUUGGCAGCUCCAUCCCGGGUCUGACCCACGAGCCUCCUCCCGUGGCGCUGCAGGGGUUGCAGUGAAAGGUGUGUUGCUUUUGUGGCUCUCAAAUUCCGACCUUCUCCCGGGCUGGAAUGGCCUGAUCCCUGUGAUUUCUCCGCUGGAAUAAAAGGAUCCUCCCAUCCCGCUCCGGCCGCGUGUCCCGGCAGAGGCCGAGGGGAUGGAGGGGGGUCGGCACCGCUGGAUCUGCUCCGGGAGCACCUCGGCACCUCCGGCUGCUCCCCUGCCUCGUCCCUCGGCUCUGGAGAGUGGUACAGCGGCUUUUCCUGCCGGGAAGGCAGGACUUGGAGUGGAUCAAACGUGAGCUUCCAUGGUCUGUGCUGACCACCAACCCCUUCGGACUGUGACAGUUCAGUGCCUGUCGCCUGUAACCCUUCCCUGGCUCCGGGAGGAGCCGAAACGGAGACCUGUCACUCAUCCGGGUGGAUCCAGAGGUCCAGGACUCGUGGAGAGGAGCGUCGUCACCGGGAGGGGGCAGGAAAGGAGUAGCUUAGUCCCGAUGUCUUGUGUGCUUUGCCCCGAGGAGCUGAUCCCCGCCGUGGCCGCUGAAGUUGUGGCGUUCGUAGCUGUGUUUUUUCCUCGUCGACAAACCCCCGACACCAGGGAACCACACGGAUGUUUUCCCGGAGAUCCUGGAGAGAGCCUGGCUCCGAGGGGCUUUGAGGGUUCCUGCUGGCCCUGUCCCCCCCACCCCUGCCCGUCCCAGGGGUGCCACACGUCCCCUCCGGGGGCGUCGGAAGCAGAACCUUAGGAAGAGCAGGACGCGGCUCCCGCUGGAAUUUUAAACGUCCCUUUAGGCACCGGCUUUGUGAAUGAGUUGGACACCGAGUAGUUUAGCACCUCGUACCUGCCUCAGAAAACGUCCCCUUCCUGCUGUGACGGCCCCUUCCCACCCCCCGGAGCCACCUGGGACGCGCCGGGGCGAAGAUCCAGAGGGGAGAUCCAGAGGGCCAUUCCCGGGGUCUCCACGUGGAGAAGAGGAUUCCUGCCGGAGCUCCCGCCCUCCGGCCGCGCCGUGAGACACCGGGACGAUCCCGAGCCGGAUGUGAGGAGUCCUUGGAGGAGCUCCAAGGCCCCAGGGAGGGCAGGAGGAGGCGGCUGGAGCCGGAGCGUGCGCAGGGCCGGGGCUGUUCCGCGCUGUAUCCGGGCUGUGCCGGCGGCCCCGCCACCUACCAUUAAAGAGUUGGCAGAUCCUUCCUGGCCUAAACCCCCGUUGUGUCCCCUCUGUGUCCUUGAGGAGCGGGCUGGGAGCCUCGGGAAUGUCGCAGGUGGUUCAAGCAGGUGGAAGUUGCCUUUUCCGAGUGGUUUGGGAGCGAUGGAGAAACAGGGAACGAGUGACCCCAGGGCCAAAGUGGUUUGGGGUUUCUGGUGUUGGUGCACGAGCAGGAGGGGUUUGGGGUCCCUGCAGUCUGUCCUCCUCCUAUCCAUGGAUUUGGGAUCCCUGCAGUCUGUCCUCCUCCCAGCCAUGGAUUUGGGAUCCCUGCAGUCUGUCCACAUCCCAUCUAUGAUUUGGGAUCCCUGCAGUCUGUCCUCAUCCUUGCCAUGGAUUUGGGAUCCCUGCAGUCUGUCCUCCUCCCAUCCAUGGAUUUGGGAUCCCUGCAGCCUGUCCUUAUCCCAUCCAUGGAUUUGGGAUCCCCACAGCCUGUCCUCAUUCCAUCCAUGGAUUUGGGAUCCCUGCAGCCUGUCCUCAUCCCAUCUAUAAUUUAGGAUCCCCACAACCUGUCCUCCUCCCAUCUAUGAUUUGGGAUCCCUGUCCUCCUCCACCCUCUCUGCCCCCAGCACUCCCUCCCUUCCUCCUCCUCCAGCUCAUUCCAGGUUUUUUUCCUGCCCCUCAGUGCUGCCCUCUCCCCCCCUGCCCUCUGCUCCCGUGUCCCCAUGGUGAGUGUCUGGGCUUGGAAUGUUCCAUGGAAGAUCUUUGCCUAACUGUGACUUCCUGGUGCCUUAGUGCAUUGAAACAACGAGAAACCCUUAAAAAAACCCCACCCAACCUGGGAUUUUUGCCCACCUCGUUUGUACAAUUCCCGGCUCCUCCGACUUCUCCUCCUCCUGUUCCCGGGAUCUCGUGACCCUCCGGGGGUUUUCUAUGUCUGCACAGUGGGAUUUUUAUUGUUUCUGUUACUAAUUGUUUACUAAAAUCUGGCUUUUUUAAUGAAAA